AUGGAGAGCUACCUGACCUUGGUCAAGAAGAACAUCGCCGACUCGGUCCCGAAGGCCAUCAUGCUCUUCUUGGUGAGCGGCGCCGGCAUGUCUUCCGACCCGGGCCGUGUUAGCUCCCUCAAAGACGCGAUCCAAAGCGAGUGCGUCACGAGGUUGUACAAAGAGGAACUCUACGACUCACUUCUCUGCGAAGAGGGCAACGUCAAGACACGAAGAGACUCCUGUCGGGUACGACUCCAGGGCCUCCGGCGCGUCCUCGAGGUCACGGAGCAAGUUCGAGACGUCAUCGACACGCUGUAG